AUGGCUUCAUCCUCCCCCUCCGGACCAAAGCCCACUACCUUAGCAGGAAGCUGCCUAUGCGGCGACCUCCGAUAUGAAAUCACUUUCUCAGACACCCACGACUUCUCCGCCAACGCCCAGACGUGCCAAUGCACCCAGUGUCGCAAGCAAUCCGGCGCCCUCUUUGUCGCCUUUCACCGCGUCCCUUGGCCCAUGAAAUGGACGUCUCCAAAGGGCACAUCGACGCUGCGUGAGUUCAGCAUCACGCCCGUGGCGAAACGAGGAUUCUGUACGGAAUGCGGCUCGUGGCUGUACUAUCGUAGUGAGGCAGAGGAGUGGAGUAGUGUCUGUCUUGGGACGCUUGACCAGGAGGCUCUCAUUGGGGAUAAGAGUCGAGGAGGAGGGUAUGGUGCGAUACUAGCGAGUGGUCUGGGUGGGCAUGAGUGGUGCGAGAAUCAGAUACCGGGCGUGACAGAUGAUAUUCCCAUGUUGAGGAGGGGACAGAGGAAUCAGCAGAGUGGGAGUGGUGCUGUAGCCAUAAAGGCUAAGCUGUGA